CCUUUCCGACGGUAAAAAGGAAGCAAGAAGUCGCGAGUGUUCCAUGCAGGGUAUAUAGAACUCCAUGUGCUAUUUCAAUUUGGUUUGAGUACCCUUUUCAAUUGUUUUUAACAUUCCUGCAGUUAUUUUGGGGGUGUCACACAAGCCUAUGGUUUUAUAGUGUUACAUUUUUGAUGUACCUACCUGACUAGCCCCUUACACCUUGGCUGUGGUCUUCAGUAUGGUCAUUAUUGAGUGAUGAGCUGAACCAUGCCCACGCCGUGCCGGAGCGCUGGGUCGGUGCCGGUGGCCGGCCGGGGCCGCCGCCGGCCGCGCACCCUCGGCGCCCUGCCGCCGCUGCCGGCUCCCGUCACCGCACUGGACGGCGGCCCGGCGGGCGCCGCCGACUCGGGCACCGUGGCGCAGCUGAUCGAGACGGCCGUGCCCAGCUAUCUCACCAUCGAGGCGCUGGUGGAGCUGGCGUGUCGCUCGCAGCGCGGAACUGACUGGCGCUCCAUGUACACACUGGUACACCGACAGCUGGUCAGCAUGCGCCUGCUGCCGCCGCACAGCGACCAGCUCGACCCGCUGCGGCACAUGUACCAAAAGAUGUUCGCUGACCUGCUGGUGGCGGCUCACCGCGCCUCCCUGCCGGGCCCUCUGACGGACGCGCCGCUGCUCGGCCCGGCGCCCUCGGAGCCGUCCGCGCCGCUGCUGCACCCGUCCCGCUACCGGACCGAGUUCGAGGAGCUCUCGCUGCUGGGCAGCGGCGGGUUCGCCGUGGUCAGCCGGUGCCGUAGUCUGGUGGACAGACAGGAGUACGCCGUCAAGAGGAUCCCGUUCCGGUGCCGGUCGGCGGCCGCCGCCGAGCGGACGCUGCGCGAGGUGACCGUGCUCGCCUCGCUGGAUCACCCCAACAUUGUCAAGUACAACACGGCCUGGCUGGAGGCGGGCGGGCCGCGGCCCACCGGUCGGCGGAACGCCGGCGGGUCAGACGCCUGGACCGAGCUGGCUGAGGGCGAGACGAACACCGGCGCCGGGUCGCUGGGGUCGGUGAGCGCGCUGCCAGAGCGGGAGCGUCUACCGGCCACCGACAGCUCCGUGGGCUCUGAGGUGACGUGGGAGCGCGACUCGAAAACUAAAAACCACACUGCUGAGGUGUUGAGUGCCGGACCGGAGUCGGCUCAGAACUCAAACGGCACCUCGAGUCAUGACAGCUCGUCGGGUGUUGUGUUCAACAGGGUCGCGGCGGCGUCCGCGCGAACCCCGGACAGUUCCGAGUCCCGACGGGCGGGGGCCGAUCCGCUGAGCUCCGAGGAGCCGACAGCGUCCCGAACCGACGCCUCAGCGGCGCCUCUGUCGCAGAACGGCUCCUCAGGAAGCUCCGCGCCCGCAGUGCUGCCUGCAGGGACGUUCGGUGCUCGAGGGACUGGCGCCGCGCGCGGCGGCGGGGGCCGCUUCUGGGCGGGGUCCGGCAGUAGCUCCGGCUCGACGAGCGUCUCCUCGGCGGCUGCCCGGCACGCGCAGGCCACCCGGUCGCUGUCGGCGGCCUCGGCGUGCGCCGUGGCGCAGUGCUGCGUGCCCCGGUACCGGCGAACGCUCUCUGCUCCGGCCGCCACCGCCGGAUGGCUGACGCUCUACAUCCAGAUGCAGCCGUGCGAGCGGACACUAAAGGACUGGCUGCAUGAUCGCAACCUGGCCCCGCCGCCGGCGUCCGCGGCUGCGGGGGACCGGCUGAGCCGUGUGGAUGCGGAGGGGUGCCGACGGCUGCUCAGGGACGUGCUGCUGGGACUUCACUUCAUCCACCAGCGCGGCAUCAUCCACCGCGACCUCAAACCGGCCAACAUAUUCCUGGCCUUUUCUGGGCGCGCGAUGAUCGGCGAUUUUGGUCUGGCUCGGGUCCGCGCGGCCGCUGGGGACUGCGCUGAGAGCUGUGGUGGAGGCAGUCCCCGACCUGGUGAUCAGACCUGCGGUGUGGGUACGGCCACGUACGCGUCCCCCGAGCAGGCUGCUAGUGGCGACUACGACCAGUCGACCGACCUGUACAGUCUGGGGGUGGUGCUGUACGAGCUGUUUGCGCCGUUUACCACGGCCAUGGAGCGCAGCGGCGAACUGCGCCGGCUGCGCCACGAGCGCCGCUGCGCCGAGGACGUGACGGCGCGCUGGCCGGCCGUGGCGGACGCCGUGCUGGCGCUGACAGACGACGAGCGCGCGCGCCGGCCGUGCGCGGCGCACCUGCUCACCUCUCCGCUGUUCAGCAGCGCCGCCGAUCGGCUGCUGCAGCUGGAGGCCGCCGCCGCCCACCAGGGCCGGCUGCUGGAGGCGCGGGCCGCCCGCGGCCGACAGCUGGCGCAGCAGCUGGACAGCUGCCGACACGAGGCAGCUGUCACCGAGCGGCUGCUGCGCAACACCUGCAGCCAGCUGCGCCGCCAGCUGGCCGAAAAAGACCGAGAGGUCGAGAAACUCCGGCAGGUGCUGAGGCUGCACGGCAUCGAGCCGCCGUAGAUGCCGCCGACUUUGGAUGGUUGUGAGUCUUCGGUGGCUAGCUGGUAACACGCUUUACGCACAGCUCUAAGAGGUAACCAGCACGAUCUCUUGAACAUCCACCCAAUUUUAAUUGGAACUGGAAGUACACGUACUACUGGUAGUGUAGUGGCCAGGACAGGGCGGUCGCUAGGGACCAUGGCCGAAAGUACCAGAGGAUUCCGUCGGAUUGACUGCUAGUCUCCCACCACGUCCAGUGACCCAGUGACCCUAGUCAUCAUUGCAGUCACAGUGAGCUUAUCGAAUGGGCCGUGGUCUUGCCGAGCGGGUUUCCCUGCCUUGAGCUGUUUUUAGGAACGGUACUGUAAUGUUGGGUGAUGGCUGAACUCGUUUGCUGUUUGGAGUUUGUCCACCGAUGUUAAGGUGCCAUCGAGGCAAGAGCUGUGUAGAGUCAAGAGUGAUCACGGUGGUAGGCGUUAGAUGUUCCAACUGUUUAAAUUCCUGUCUGCUUAAUGCGUACUUAAGUAGAUGUGUGUACGUUUUUGGCGACAAGUUCUCGUUUGUGCAAUAUGCUCUGCUGCCAGGGACAUUGUUGGAGCCGUUUGGUGGAGAGGACGCUCAGGAAGUAUGUCUCAUUGACUCAUUGAAUCGCGCUUGGCCAGGGUUGUCUCAGUGACCCACGCUCGGUGUCAGAUGGUGCCAGUUUCCAUUUGGAGUCUUUCACUCGGUGAGCGGGUCAUGUCAUGGGCGCUCUUUAGUUGAUAUACAGGGUGUUGCAGAUAAAUUGGGACUAAGUUCAUGACCUUACAAAAAAUAUGGUAUGCGGAGGAACAUCGUGGAAAUUUGACACAAUAUAAUUUCAACAAUUGUUUUUCAUUUGAUAUUGAAAUUUUAAUCCUAACAUAUCGCGCAGUCAUGGAGCAGCGUCGGAGGGAAACGAUUGGUGAGUUAGUUCGCGCCGGACAGAGCGCGAAGGACAUAAUAAGUUUAACUGGGUACCCAAAGUCUACCGUGUACCGAACUAUCGCGACUGUAGGAGCUGGAGGGGAUGUCGCUCGACGUUCUCACACACCUCGCAGUGACCGAAAACGGACACCAACAUUCCUGAGCGGCUUGAAACGCUCGAUACAGGCCAAAACGAGGACCUCGAUGAACAAGCUUGCGCGUGCCCGUCACGUGAGCAAGAGCACCAUCAGCAGAGCCGUGAGAGAGGACCUCGGGAUGAAGUCGUUUACCAGAAAACGACGAAGCCUCCUGACCGAACCAGCAAGAGCGAUACGAAGGGAGAGGGCACCGAAGGUCCUCAAUCUCCUCAAGCACCUCGGGAGUGACGUCAGAGUAUUUGUCGAUGAGAAAAAGUUCAUCGUAGAAGAGGUCGCCAACCGCAGGAACUCGCGGGCUAUCGCCUACAGCCCUGAUGAAGUGGCUCCCGUGAUGAAAGGCAAAAAUCCGGCAUCAGUAAUGGUGUCCGGGGCCGUCGCAAGUGAUGGCCGCAUAAUGCCGCCCCAUUUCAUGCCUGCUGGUGUGAUGAUCGACACUGACGCGUAUUUGACCAUCCUGAAGGAGUCUCUCAUCCCCUGGAUGAUGAAAUACUAUGACUUGAGUAAAGUCAUGCUGGUGCAAGACUCCGCCCCAGCACAUGCUUCCCAGAGGGUGCAAGAUUUCCUGAGCCAGAGGAUCCCCCUAUAUGUACCCAAGGACAUAUGGCCCUCCAACUCGCCUGACUUGAAUCCAUGCGACUUUUGGGUGUGGGGCGUGGUAGAACAAAAGUCCAACUCGACCACUCCUGCCAACGUUUCUGACCUGAAGAAGGCCAUCAGGAAGGCAGUCAGCACCAUUGACCAGGACGAGGCCCGGCGCGCGUGCUCCGCUUUCCGGCGCCGUCUCGAGAGGGUGCGGGACGCCGACGGCGGUCACCUCGAGUGACAAGGCUGUGCGUACAUGACACAAUACACGUGCGAAUUUUCAACUUUCUGUGUUUUCAUUCACCGUAUUAAUAGCAUGUUGAAAUAAGGCCUGAAAAUUCCCAAUUUACCUGCAACACCCUGUAGUAUUUAUUGCUUGGUCUGGCUAGCUUUCAUCGAGUCAUUUCUUCUUUUUAUGUACAUGAAAUAUAUGAAACAGGUUUGACCUGCUAUUCUGUAUGUUGAUAUUAAAGUUUAGAGGCGAAUGUGAUUCGACGAGACUAAGUUUG